AGGCUAAUCUUGUUGGAAAAGAGAAGAAACCACACUCUGUCUCUGUCUCUUCUCGGCUUCUGCUCCACCGCAGGGCACGGGGGUACUAGCUGCUCCUCUUCUCCUCCUCACCGUCUCCACCACCUCGCCUUCUCCGAGUUCUUUCCGCUUCGGUCGCCUCCCUGGCCGUAGACCCACCUCGCCGGAGGAGCCGAGACAGCCCUCCCCUCUCUCGUCAGACUCGUGGAUUAUAACGAGAUAGAACUUGACUUGGUUGUUAGACUGGCUGGACGGAGAGGGACUAAAGGAAAUGGAACAGCAUCUCAUGUGCCCUAAAGGAGGAGCAGGAUCUGUACUCAACCUUAAUCCAGGCUCUGCACUAUCUAUUGCAUAUCACACAAAGUAUGGUCCACAUGAUGAUAUACUUCUUCUUGAGCUUGAUGAGAAGCUCCUCCCUGAUGUCACAAACCAGAGGGUUUUCUUAAGAGGGCAGCCUGAUGAAGAUGCAGUUCUUUGUACUCAAUCCAAGACUUAUGCAAUCAAGUUUGUUGGUACUUCUAAUUCUGUGUGCCUUGUGCCUCCAUCCAAUCAAUCAGAGACAGGCAAAGAGUUGCAAGAUUGUGCGGGAAAUGGUUGUGACCAUGAAGCCGCAAUAGUGAUCAAACUCGCAUCUGGUAGUAUGGAAAUUGUUGAAGUUGCCCCGAGGCUUGAUAAGCUCAAGUCCCUUCUUUCACAGGCUCCUUAUGGGAUUGAGGAGGCAUCGGAGAUGGAGGUGGAAGGGAUGGAAAGAGACAAAACAGGUUUGUAUAAGUGGGAUGAUCUUGUCAAUGAGGUUCAAGCAAGUGAUGAAGAACUGAGAUCUGGACUGCAGGCUCUUUCGGCAGUUGAGAUUGAUGGGUAUUGGAGGAUAAUAGACAAUUCUUACAUGGAUAUGAUCCUGAGGAUGCUUUUGCACAACUCCGUAUUGAUGGACUGGCCACUUAAUGCUCUUGACCAAGAUGAAGUAUUUGGUGUUCUUGCAUCAGAUGGUUUUCCUCGCAAGGUCGCUCACCAUUGUUUGUCCAUGUAUGGUGACAAGUCAGAGGAAGAUGGGAGCAAGUGUAUCUGGAAACUGGAUGAGAAACGGGUUUGUGUGCAUUUCGCAAGGAAUAUCCUGAGGGAGGGGAAGAUGAAGAUGGAGAAAUUCAUAGAGGAGUGGAGUCGGAGGAUUCCUCCUGGGAUGGAGGCCAGUCUUCAAAUGUUGGACGGGGAAGUUCUGACAGAGAAACUUGGCAUUGAUACAUGGGUUCGAGGAUUCAGCGUUUCUUCUCUCCCAUCUACUCCAUCUGAGCGAUUCUCCAUUCUCUUCAAAGAGCGGCCUAGAUGGGAUUGGAAAGAUUUACAACCCUACAUCAGGGAUCUGAGCAUUCCGGGUCUAUCUUUGGAAGGUUUGCUGCUCAAAUACACCAGAAGAGUUCAGCCGAACCCUGAUGCAGAGCCUGUUUUCACUGCAAGAUAAAACUCUAACCCUGCCUAGCGACUAGUGACGCCUGUUUGGGAUGAAUCGUGGAUAUCUUUUGAAGCAUGAAAGUUAAAUGGUUGAGUUUGUUAGACCACAGUCUGAAGUCUAAUCUCAGCAUUUCUUUUUUAUGAUUGUGCCAAGAAUGAAUUUAUAAUCUCAUUGUAUUUCAGAUGGGGGAAAAAGAAAGUAUCAAGUUUGUAAAUUACGCAUAACCACUUUUUUCUUUGAGGCCUUUGUAAGUUGACCAAAAACAUUUUCUUGUUGACCAAAGAAUUUUGUGUUACCAGCCAUAGGAAAAUGAGGAAUUCAUGAGCACUUUCCUGUAAA